AUGGCCUCUCCUUCGUCUGACUAUUCUCCAUCAAUUCCUCUUUCUUCAAUUGCUGUAAACCCUAACUUCACUCCGGUGCACUCGAUCACGAUUCAGAAUAUUGGAAGCAUGGUUCCAAUCAAACUCAAGCGCGACAAUUACCUUCUUUGGAGCUCUCUGUUUGCUCUGAUCUUUCGUCACUACAAAUUAUCUGGCAUUGUUGAUGGAUUCGAACCACCACCACCUCGGUUUCUUCGUGAUUCCUCUGGAAAUUGUCUCUCUCAGCUCAAUCCUGCUUAUGAGCUCUGGUACGAGAAAGAUCAUAAUCUGAUCAUUUGGCUCAACUCCACUUUAUCUGAUGAUCUCAUUCCUUUUACUGUUGCUGUUACUUCUGCUCAUGAAUUGUGGCAAAAUUUGGAAAAGCGAUUUGCUGGUAAAGGUUCUUCUUCGAUCUCUGAGUAUCUUCAGCAUAUUAAGUCGAUUUCCGAUGCUUUGGCUGCCGCUGGUACUCCGGUGGAUGAAUUUGAUCUCAUUGCUAUUAUUCUCAAUGGUCUCUCUGAUGAGUAUGAGUCUUUUGUGACCUCAAUCGAGCUUCGUCUUGGUUCCACCACUGUGGAUGAACUCCAUGGCCUUUUACUGAAUAAGGAAGUGUCUCUGGCACGCAAGAAACACCUUCAAUCCUCUCACUCAUCUUAG